AGUAUGUUGUGAUUAUAGGUUAGGGAUUUCUCAAAUUGUGGCAGUUGCGAAUUUUUAGAAGUUUCCUUCGUUAAAUUGUGACGUGAAAUGUUUUAAAUUUUAAUAUUUUAUUAACAGAUAAAAUCGUAGUCAGAAUGGCACAAAACUGGGUAGGCUGUGUAGUCUCGAUUGAAUGCACGAAUUCCCAAGGCACCUACCAAGGUGUUGUCAGCGAAAUCGAUGGCGAAAGCCAAAGUUUAAUCCUCACAAAAGUUUUCAAAAAUGGCACACCUUACAGUCAACCCACAUAUGAAUUGAGGGCAAAGGAUAUCCAAGACCUAAAAAUCAUCGAGGAGGCAAAACCAGCUGGUUCUCCAUUAUCCUCUAGCACAGUCCUUGUCAGGAAACCAAUGCCUCGUCGUAUGCACAAAACUGUUAGUGAAGAUUUAGCUACAAGCAAAAACAGUCGGCCUGGUGGAUCCAAUGAGUCAGAUAGUGAUUAUCAAUUCAGUCCAGGUAUGAAUAACAACAAAAAGGACAAACUCAGGCAGAGGUAUCCUGCACGAAACUGGGUAGACAGAAACGAAGCAGCUUUUGGGGCACCAAUUGACCAUCAUGCAAUGAACAAAGAUUUUGACUUUGAAAAAAAUUUGGCUCUCUUUAACAAAAAAACCAGUGAACAAGAAUUCAUGAAUAGAAAAUUAUUAAAUGCACAACGUCCAGACCUAGUAAGGCAUGCAGAAAGUUCAUCUGCAAACUAUAGGAAUGAUGAAAAUGUAAUCUCCAAUUCUGCGCCAACUAAAUAUCGGCAGAUCCUGGUUGAAAAUUCCUCCAAAGAAUAUUCUACAGAUGCUGACUUGAUCAUCCCCAGCAUCACGUAUCAAUUACGGAAGAAAAUCUUUGACUUGGCAGAAGAAAUAGGUCUAUCGUUAGAGCGUCAAAUUGAGAUGAUGGGACGUUCUGCAUGCGAAUUGGCAUUGCAGAUUUUAGGAGGACCAUACAGAUUAAAUCCUGCAAAUUCUCAUCAGUGGCCUCAAGUUGUGAUAUUAUGUGGUGCAAACAGGCCCGGUGCUGUUGGGAUCAACUGUGGUAGGCAUCUAGCAUCUCAUGGAUUGAAAGUGGUUUUAUAUUUAGUCGAAGCAGCAAAGUAUGUCACGUACACAGCACAUGAGCUCUCUCUAUUUAAAUUAACAGAUAACGAAGUCAUCCAUACAGUUAAUGAACUCCCGAGGUCGAAUGUUGAUCUUGUAAUUGUUGCGCUUGCCGAUGAGUCAACCACCAGACUACAAAAUGGUAUCACAUCUUGGGCGAACUACAGUCGAGUACCUUUACUGGCCAUUGACCCUCCAACCAACGGCACUCCAGAUCUUGUCACCCGAUAUUCCAUAGUUCCUGUUCUACCUUUAGCCUACUCUCGCGACAAUGGAAAAAUAUUUUUGUCCAACAUAGGCAUGCCUCAGCAAGUUUUCAAAAAACUCGGAAUUCGAUAUCGAUCACCCUUUGGGCACAAGACGGUCAUUGCAUUGCAUGAGAACGAAACGGUCGACUGAGGAUGUCCAGAAGUAAAUUAUGAAUGUUUGGUCUGUCCACUUUUAAAUCGAUCCAGAUAAUCAAGUCAACUGACAAACUCUGGUUAUUUUUUAUUUUAGGGUUGAUUUCAGAGGGAAGUAUUCUAACUCCUGUGUAAAUGUCUAUUCAAGCUCUUUCAUAUAGAUCUGAGCUCAUUAACAAAUUCUUGUGCCGAUCUUUUCAAAUAUUUUUUGUUGUUGAUGGUUAGAUUUCAGAAUCUUUCCAACAAACUGUACUCGUUAUGAAGCUUGUAAUGCAACCAAAAAAAUCUUAAAUCAUGAUCACAGGCAAGUCUUGUCAGCUUUUAUUGCCUGUUAAAUCUGGGUUUUAUUUUUACUUUUUAUUUGUAAAAUUUUUCAAAAGUGAUUUUUUAUAAAGAGAGUCUCCAUUUUUGGCUUUGCUAGGAAUGAAAAAAAAUGUGACUGUCACUCAAAACCGUACCAUUUAUACUAGAGCAGUCACUGGGAAAGUAACUGUUAGGCGAUAAGAUUUUAGUCUAUACAUUUUUUAAUUUGAAGCUGUAUAAAUUAAGAAACCAUAAAAAACAAAAUUUUGAUGGGUGAUACCGAUUAACGUGUAGUUUCAACUAUAAAAAUGCUAAAUUUAUAUUUGUUGAAGAUUCUCGCUCCAAAUGUAUUUUUUCUAUCCAUCCAAUGGAAGGAACUUCUGAGAAAUUUCCCAUCAAAAUGUUAUCGGAAAUUCAAAUUAAUUUUAUCUGGAUAUGGUGGGAAGUUUCCUUUCCUGUUAUUUUUAUAAUGUUACUAGAGAGAUAAAAGCUGAUCUCCGAAAGAAGCUUUUAAGAUGUUGGAAGUUAUUGGAAUAAAAUCUCAAGGAUAUUUUGCCACUAGUUGUUUCUUCUAUGAAAAUCUCUCGGAGGAAAUUUAGUUUUCUUUGGGUACAAUUCUCUGUAAAGGACCCUGCACAUAAGAGGCAAGGAAUUUCUUGCCGGUUCAAGUUUUUCAUCAUUUAAUAGUCGAAUUUUUAACUUUAACUUUCCAUGUACCAAUUUUAAAAAAAGCAGGAAAGAAAAUUAGAUUUUCCAGUCUUUGUUCACUCAGUCAUUUCUCUAGGCAGUGUUGCAACACUAGAUCAAGGAUUGAGGAGAACAUCUCUUGCCUUGAUGGCCAAGGAAGAAAAGACAGACAUCCGACACAUGCCCUCUUAUUCCUGCGUUUCUUCGCCUAAAAGCGUGAUAAUUCUUCCGAUUGAUAGCAGUUAGCAACUCACCCUUGCAUUGUCUUAAAUCCAGCAGAGUGGCAGUACAGUAUCUCUAGUAUGAAAAUCCAUGUAGGAAUGCUAAAAUAUUUAUAUAUUUUCUCGAAAUUGGCACAUGAAAAGUUUGUUUUUUAAAUCGCAACCUCUAGAGGUUGUGAGGAACAUCAUACACAUAAACUGUUUUAACAAAAUUUUGCCUUUGCUCAAUCCCUUGGUUUUAUGUGUAGGGUCUUUAAUUUGAAAAUUCUUUGACUUGUUUAAAAACAGGGUGUCUGUACUCUGUAAGGCCAGGAAAAGGUGUGAUUUUUAAAUCUUUUUUAUACGAAGCUUUGUGGAUAGUGAAGGGAGGAACAGAGCUGCUUUAUACCGCAAUAGAUACUUACUUUCAUAAUGUAAUCCCAGCAUGACUUUUAAUCAACUAAAGUUCCUGAUUAAGAAUCAUAAAAAAAAUGUUAACUUUUAAUUACUUUCAUGUAUGUUUUUUGUUCGCAACAAGUUCGAAGAACUUAUGCGUCUAGGAUAAUUUUACAGAAAAAAUUUUAAUGUACAGAUACUGUAUCGGAAGCUACUGUUGUCUCAAUUUAAUUUUUUCAAAUAAAGAAGGAGAUUUAAUAUCUUGAGUCAUUCGUAUGGCAUGAAAUUCGGUAAGUGUCGUUGGAAAUAGGCGCAUUUUUAAAGUUUUCUCCAAAUAAGGUUUUCUGACCUUGAUUCUAAUUGCUGAUCAGAAGAUCUGCCCCACCUUGAUCGUCAUGUUCUGAUGCAAAAUUGAUGAUGGUACGUGUGUUGCUCUAAAAACCUACCAAUUAUUUGGUGCAGAGUGGUGUAAGGAAAACGCAUUUUUCACAUAAGGAUAGUUGGUUUUUUGACCAACGUGCGAGUAUUAUCUGAAAAUUUCUAAUUUAGAGGGAAAAUGAAAUUUUGCAAAUAUUUAUUUUCCAUCGAGAAAUUUGCUGUUUGGUGUCACACUAGCCAUGGCCAGUCAGGAAGACAACUGCAAACCGAAACGAGUCAAGUUCCUUACUACGGUUGCAUCAAGCAGUAAAUUUUUCAGGAGAAAAAGAUUUGCAAAAUGCAAUUUUCCCUCUAAUCAGCAAUUUUUGUACUUUCCAGGAUUUGUGUGCAUGUUGACAAAAAAAAAGUUCAACAGUUUUUGUGUCCUGACAAAUAGUCUUAUGUUAGCACCCUAGUAAGUAGGGCACACACUAUCUUUUUGAAUGAGAGUGAAAGAAAAUGAUGUGGGUUUUCCUUGUCAAAAAAAAACUUUUCUAUGGGCAGAAAGUCUGACAAAUAGUCGUUAGAAUGGGCCAUUAGAUUAGGUCAUAAGUAGAAUAAAGCGUCGCGGUUUUCUCUUCAAAAGCUAAUUUUGAAAAUGACUCACAUAAUGAAAAUUUCGAAAAUUACCAUUGACUGAGACAUUAAAAAGUAUUUUUACACAGAUCAAAUGGAAAAUAGAUUAUAUAAAGAACGUUAGCUGUAUUUUUGCCAUGAAACCAAUAUUGAUUGUGAACACUUAUAUCUUGUUCAGGAUUUGAAUUUUAGACUAUCUGUUGUGUGGUUUGUUUCCCAUUUGAAAUUUUGAUGAGAAAACAUGUUACGUCAUGCUUCAAUUCAUACCCAGUCUAGAGACCCAUUGUUUGUUUGUUUAUUUUUUUCCUGUUUUUUUAUUUACAAAGCACCAAUUCAACGGUAAACCAGCCAUGCUCUGUGAGGCUUUCGGUUUUCCUCAUCUUAGCUCGUAAUGGAAUUAUGAUCCGAUUAACCAUGACUAACAAAACUAAGCUUAAGAGCGGUGAAUUUUAUGCAUUUCAAAAAAUAUCAUUUACUAAUUAUUGUUGUUGUAAUUAUUAUUUUUAGUGACAUUUGAUCCUCAUGUGACGGAAUCAAGUGGAAGUGAUAAUGCUAUGGGAGUUUUUUUAAAAGACAAGUAAGCAACUGGAACUAAGUUUUGUGAACUAUGUACUUAAUUCAUUUCAAAUGCUUUCCCGUCUUGUAUCUGAUACAUAAGCUGUCAUUUUAACUUAACUUCUAUUGUAAUUUUUUAAGCAUUUUAUUGAAUGACUUGAAGAUGACUGAUCUCAUUUGCGUGAAAUAAAAAAUUGAAGUGUGACAAUAAAGGGUUUAAGCCUUUAAAAAA